GAACACUAUUGAGAAAUGUUGUCAACUCUACAUGUGGACUUAUUGCAGCUUACCUCCAAGGGAUCAGAAGUUCCAUACGUGUUACUAGUUUAUGAAGCUGAUGAGUUCUGUAAUCUAGUCAUCAAUGAAUCUCUCAUGGAUCAAGUUUCUAGAGUGAAAGAUAUUUAUCCAUCUUACACAGUUUGCUACCUUACAAAUAAGUUAAUGGCCUAUAUCAAUAAAAGGGAUCAGGAAAAAUACAAGAACCCAUCAAAUGAUAAUGGUUGGAGAUGCCCACCAGUUGAAGAGGUGCUGUCAAAAUUAACCACUCAUUUUGUUAGGGUACAUUCAAGGCAAUGCAGAGAUGAAGCUGAAUUAGCUGAGCAUGUUGUUGGGUUGACAUGUGGCCUUGCCACUUGCCAAUUUAGAAAGAAGUUGACACGCCUAUCUGUAAAUGCCAAUGGUUCAUUCGUUUCCAAGGAUUUCAUUGAUAAGAACCUGAUAAAAAAGAAUGUUUGGUUAAAGUCAUUGGUUGCUAUCCCGAAAGUACAACCUAGGUUUGCUGUUGCCAUAUGGAAGAAAUAUCCAACUAUGAAAUCUCUUUUGAGUGUUUACAUGGAUCCAAAUAAAUCUGUGCAUGAAAAAGAAUUCCUGCUCAAGGACUUACCCUUGGAGGGGCUGUUAGGCAACGAAGAUAGGAGGCUGGGUGAGGUCUGUUCCAAGAGAGUUUACAGAAUACUCAUGGCUCAAAGUGGAAGCAUCAAAACUGAUGAUGUUGAAGAUGGUGCUGAUUUCUUUAGGUGCUGAUCAGUGGAAUGAUACAUAAUGUAAAUUCUUGAUUAUUAUUGCUGAGGUGGUGAAAAAAUACGGUGCUCACCAUUCUUAGAAUUGUUCAGUUAACAUCUUUGAUGUUCUUUGUAUCAUGUCUGUAUAUAUUUUUGGGAGAAGUCAACACCCACAAUCGUUAGUGAAUAUUGUACAGUUCCCGAGAUGCCAUGUGGUGGCAAUUGGUAUUUGAUAGACAUGAGUUGGUAUAUUUUGUGGAGAAUACCACAUCAGUCUCAUUAGUCAAGUUUCAGCCUAGGGCAAGUAUGCAGUAGAGGUUGAAGCAUGGUCUAGAGUCAUGUCAAAUUCCGCAAAUGCCACUAACUUCUAAUAUGUAACAAUGUAGGUCAUUGACAUAUUUGUAUUUUUCACUUCGGAUAUGGUUUUAACCAAUUCGGUAAAAAAAAAUUUGUAUUCAAGUGGAUGGGUUCCUUCACAAUAGGGACCCACCCAAUGUUUGACAGGACA